AUGAGGCGAUUUGGUACAAUCUCUUUACGUCACCUUAACGGUGUUCGCUUUGCAACACCUCAAUUCCUCAAGAGUAUCGGAAAGGUGCGGAAUAUUGGUGUCAGUGCUCACAUUGAUAGUGGUAAGACAACCCUGACUGAACGUAUUCUGUUUUAUAGUGGUCGCAUCGCUAAGAUUCAUGAGGUGAAAGGAGGAACUGAAGUUGGGGCUACUAUGGACUCUAUGGAGCUCGAAAAGGAAAGGGGAAUUACUAUCCGCUCUGCGGCAACACACUGCAAAUGGAAAGAUUACGUUAUCAAUGUCAUUGAUACGCCUGGGCACGUCGACUUCACCAUAGAAGUUGAACGUGCUCUUAGAGUUCUUGAUGGCGCCAUCAUGCUUAUGUGUGGUGUUGGUGGUGUGCAAAGCCAAACCUUGACGGUGGAUCGCCAGAUGAGGCGGUAUGGAGUGCCACGUAUCUGUUUUAUUAACAAGCUUGAUCGUGAUAAUGCUAAUCCACAGCGUGCUCUCCGGAUGGCCAAGGAACGUUUGGGUAUUAACGCUGCUUUUAUUCAGCUCAACAUGGGCACAGCGCAGGAUUUCGAAGGAGUAGUAGAUAUUAUCGAACGUCGCGCCGUUUAUUUUGACGGUCCAAACGGCGAAGCCGUCAGAUUUGAAGAAAUUCCCGCUUAUAUAAAGGAGGAUGUUGAAACUGCACGAAAGGAGCUUAUUGGACGUCUUGCAGAAUGUGACAGCGAAAUGGAAGAACUGUUUUUGAAUGACGAAGAGCCCUCUGUGGAAGUGAUUCACGGUUCUAUUCGACGUGCAACUAUUGCUAAUAAAUUUGUUCCAGUGCUUAUGGGCUCUGCAUAUCGCAACAAGGGCGUACAGCUUCUUCUUGAUGCUGUCUGCCGUUACCUUCCGUCACCAAUGGAACGAGAAAACUCGGGCCAUUCGCUGAAGAAAGUAAAGGAUGAGGAAGGAAACGUAUCCAUUGUAAAGGAAGACAAAGUUGUCUUGCAAACUGACGAUGAAAAGGCUCUUGUUGCUCUUGUGUUUAAACUGGAAGAAACGAAAAAGACGGGUUUGUCAAAUUAUGUUCGUGUCUACGAAGGGAAGAUGAGAAAGGAACACCUUCUGAACGUUCGAAGUGGCAAGACUUUUAUACCACCGAAACUUGUCCGAAUGCACGCGGAUUCUGCGGAACAAGUGGAUGAGGUAAAGGCAGGAGACAUUUGCGCCAUUCAAGGUGAAAUUGAUGCGACGUCUGGGGAUACAAUUAUGAAGGCAGGCCCGCAAAGUGGACCAUUAAUAUCUUGCGAGGAUAUGUACGUUCCUCCACGUGUCAUUUCUGCCUCUGUCAAAAUAAAAAAUGACCGCGAUCUCAGUAGGUUGCGUGAACGUAUGAAUGCAUUUAUGCGUGAGGAUCCAACGUUUGCCUUUUACCGAAAUCCAGAAACUAACGAGGACAUCGUUGAGGGAAUGGGAGAACUGCACCUUGACAUCUACAUUGAGCGUCUGAAACGCGAAUACGACCUAGAGGUUGAGAUAGGGAAACCGACAGUAAACUACCGGGAGGUGAUUACAGAGAGAAAGGAAUUUGAUUUCGUUUAUAAACGCCAAAGUGGUGGUGCGGGACAAUGGGCACAUUUAAAGGGAUAUAUUGAAGUUCUGCCCAUCGAUAUGUCAGUAGAGAAGGGUCUAAAGAAUAAGGUCAGUGUCAAGUGCUCUAACGGCGACAUUCGCGAAGCUCUUCAAAAGUCCGUAAUUAAGCAACUUGAACGGAAGAUCUUUGUGAAGGGUGAAUUAAUGGCUGCACCGGUGUGGGGUGUACAUUUUCACCUCAGUGGUGGUGCUAUGCAUGAGGUGGAUUCAACAGACAUGGCCUUUAAGAAUGCUACACAGGAGCUGUGGGAAACCCUCCUGCCUCAACUCAAGCCCACCCUCGUGGAACCCUACAUGGAUGUAGAAAUAACGGUUCCAGCCCAAUGCAUGACUGAUGUAGCUACAGAAUUUGCGAAGCGUGAGGGUGUUGUCACUGAAACGGGUGUUAAUGGACCAGAUGCAAUUAUUCGUGGAGAGACGGCACUGGACACAAUGUUUGGCUUUAUCUCUGAUCUACGGCGGCUCACAAAAGGACAAGGUGACUUUGGGAUGCAAUUUAAAGAGUACAGGCCUAUGCAGCAGUACAAGGCGCAGUCUCGUAUGGAUGAGCGCAACAAGCAGGUCGGUCGUAAGUUGUACAAACUUACUGGGGAAUGA